GAUGGUCUGAAAAAUGAAAGUACAGGAGAGGAAAAGUGUUGCAUGCAGGCAUCAUUCCUAACUUUUUGUGGGUGUAUGUAGUUAUAACAUUGAAGGUUGGUCAAGGAAUACACUGAGAUAAAAAACAUUCAGGUGGUCAGUGAAUAAAAGAAGUUUGAGAACUACUGCUCUGGAUUACUCAUAUGAAAUUGAUCAUUUGGUUCAUGAAUUAUCCUCACACUAGCUAUUGUCGACGUUACUCUUCAUCAUCAGCAGUCUUUUCUAUUCCCUUGUCAGCAAAAAUGGCCAGCAUUGACAGUGAAUUGGCAAAACUUACCACUAAUGACUCCAUCUAUGGGACACUGUCUAAUUUUGACAUUGAGAAAAAGGUUGGAAAAGGACAAUUUAGUGUUGUAUAUCGAGCUCGAUGCAAGUUAGACAAAAGUAUGGUAGCUCUUAAAAAAGUGCAAAUUUUUGAAAUGAUGGAUGCUAAAGCUAGAAUAGACUGUAUGAAGGAGAUUAAUCUGUUACAGCAAUUAAAUCAUCCCAACGUCAUCAAAUAUUUGGCAUCUUUUAUAGAAGAUAAUGAAUUACACAUUGUUCUUGAGUUAGCUGAUGCAGGAGACCUGUCAAGAAUGAUUAAGCAUUUCAAACGACAGAUGCGACUGAUUCCAGAGAAGACAGUUUGGAAGUAUUUUGUGCAGCUUUGUAGUGCUCUAGAACAUAUGCAUUCAAAACGGGUCAUGCACAGAGAUAUCAAGCCCGCAAAUGUAUUCAUCACUGCCCAGGGAGUUGUGAAACUGGGUGAUCUAGGGCUUGGUCGAUUUUUCAGUUCAAGAACCACGGCAGCUCAUUCCUUAGUGGGAACCCCAUAUUAUAUGUCACCUGAGAGAAUUCAUGAACAUGGAUACAAUUUCAAAUCAGAUAUUUGGUCUCUUGGCUGUUUGUUGUAUGAGAUGGCAGCUCUACAAUCACCAUUUUAUGGUGAAAGAAUGAACUUGUACUCACUUUGUAAGAAAAUUGAAGAAUGUGACUACCCACCUCUACCAGCUGACAUCUACUCUGAAGAGUUGAGAGAUUUGGUAGCUGCAUGUAUUAACCCUGAUCCAGAGAAAAGGCCAGACAUCACAUAUGUAUACAAAAUAGCUCGAGAAAUGCAUCAGAAGUUUUCCUCCUCUUCAAGUGCUUCUCCAUCUCCUGUCCCUAUUAUGCUGUCUUCGGCUUCCUCGAGGGACGAUGCAGACUCCUCUGUACGAGCAAUUCCUCGUUCUUCGUCUUCGUGAGGAAUCCACUGUAGCCUUAUAAGCACCAUCCAUUGGUUAAGUAAUAUAUCCUGUGAUCAGAUAUCUGUAUGUGUACCAGUCAAAUGUUAUGUAAAUAUAUACACUAGGUGACUUUUGUUUGUUUGAUAAAAUACUCUUAAUGAGAUAAUCUCAGAACAUGAAAUAAUAAAAAAAUUCACAAAGUUUUUUUUUCUUUCUCCUCAGGCAUUUAUUGAUUCAUUUCUGCCAUUUUCAACAGAUGUUUCAGACUUUUUGUGUAAUGAGCCAUUUCACGACAAGCUCUUUUAAGAUGUUAAAUUUUUUAUUUUAAAAAACUGUUCGUGCAUUUAGCAAAAGUAGGAGAAGCAUGGAAAAAGACAACACAUUUUAGUUAUGACCCUUAACAAAACAAUAAUGCUUUUAUUUGUAGUGACUAUGAAAUUGCCUUUACAAAUAUUUUAACUUAGUGUGCUUGAAACUGGAAGGAAAUAAUUUGGAAAUCCUACAUUGAGAAAAAAGUAAAAUUUCACUUUUGAGAAGUGUGCAUCAUUGAAUAUGCAAAAUUUAAUUUGUGAAACUAAAUAUGUUAAAAAGAAUUACUACUAAUAUGUGAGCAACUGUGAUUCCAUUUCUGUUCCAGGGUAAACUUAUAUAGACCUGGUGGAUAGGAUGUUUGACUCGCAAUAUGCAGGUCAUGGGAUUGAAACCUGUUACUGAACAUACCCAUUCAGCCAUGAUAGGAGCAUUAUAAUAUGAUUGUUAGUUCUAGUAUUCUUUGGUAAAGAAUAGCUCAACAGUUUUCUGUGGGUGGUGUGUACUAGCUGCCUUUCUUCUAGUUCUAUCACUUGGUUAACUAUUGCAGAUGGCCUUCGGGUAGCUUUGCACGAAAUCCAACAAAACAAACCUACCUUAUAAUUAUAUCCUUAGCAAGUAAUAAAUUUACUUAGGUACCAGUUAUUAUGUUGCAACUUGCAAAUUAUUAUUAGAAUUACUGUUUUUAAAGAAAAUAAGUGGUAAUGUUCAAACUGUAUAAAAAUAAGUAAUUUUCUUAAAUUAAUUAUAGUCAGUCUAGUGUAAUUGUACUCAUCAAACAUUUAUCCAGUAUAACUGGGUAUAAAUUAUUUGUGUGAGAGAUUAAAAAGUGCACAUAAUAUAAUAAUUCCUAUACAAAUAAAUUAAAUAGGUGAUACAUGUUGUCAAAUGUGGUUAAAUAAGAAUCAAAAUAUUUCACUUUUGAAGUACGGUGAUCAUUAGAAAUAAAAUAAAUGUUAAAAAACAGUUGUCCCCCAGAAAGACCAGGGUUAGAUUUUACAAGUAGAUGGUAAUCAUUAGAAAUGACUGAAAUUUUUGAGUUAAAAAAAAACGAUUGUAUAAAUGAUUAGGUACACGUUUGAUGGUGAGAGAACCUUGUCAAAACGUUGUACAUUUUCUGUUAUGUUAAACUUACAUUUGAGUUUUUCUUCAUUACCCAUUCAAGCCGUCUCCAAGCAUUACACAUUUACUUUAUUUGAAGUCAAGAAAUGUUGAUUUCACUUUCUCACAUUACUAAAACUGUAAUCACCUCUGUUGUCAGAUUUGUAUGAGACAUGGAUGCACAAUAAUAUAAAGCUUGCUUUAAAUAAGUUAUUAUUGCCUCAUUGUUUUAUAUUCUAUAAUUACUGGUAUUUCAUACUAACUGAAACGUUGGCAAGAAAAAAAAUACAGUUAAUGAAGGUUUUGCAGUUUUCAGCUGAUGUUACAUCUAAUCAAGUUAAGUAAGAAAUAAUGAUAAAGUGUAGACGUAGUAUUUUUCCUGAGAAGGUUUUGUUAAGUAAAGCCUUAGAUGGUAAUGUUUGAAGAUUCUUUAAAAUAUUUGUUUUUCAAAAAUACACGUAGUAUUAACAAGUUAUACAAAAAACUGUUAUAGAGAGAGAGCUUUUGAGAAUUGGUCAGGUAAUGCUCAUAUUGUUCAGUACAAUUAAAUUUAACUGAGAAUGAAUACUGUUUUUACUCUUAAAAUUAUCAUAAAUAGGUCCGUGUUACAACUGAUAGUUGACAAGAAUAACUUUAGAAAAUCCAUGGAUUCUUUCUUAUUCUAUGAAUUACCUUAAAUGGGCCUAAGUUAAAACUAGUAGUUGACAAGGAAAGCUUUAACAAAAUCAGAUUCUUUCUUACUGCUCUGGGAAUUAUCUUAAAUAUGGUUGUGUUACACCUCUGAUAGAUUUUAAGUUUUAAAAAAUACUUUGAAUUUUCUCUUGCUUUAGGUAUUACCUUAAAUGUAGCUGUGUUACUACUAGUAGUUGACAAAGAAAGCCUUAAAUAACACUGCUUGGUAUUUGUGUGUGAAAAGAAGCUGAUCCCGUGGUAAUGUGUACUAGUCUCACACCUUAACAAACACAUACAUAUAUUAUUUGAUCCCGUGGUAAUGUGUACUAGUCUCAAACCUUAAUGAACACAUACAUAUAUUAUUUGAUUCUGUGGUAAUGUGUACUAGUCUCACACCUUAACAAACACAUACAUAUAUUAUUUGAUCCCGUGGUAAUGUGUACUAGUCUCAAACCUUAAUGAACACAUACAUAUAUUAUUUGAUUCUGUGGUAAUGUGUACUAGUCUCACACCUUAACAAACACAUUCAUAUAUUACUUGAUCCCAUGGUAAUGUGUACUAAUCCCACACCUUAAAUGAACACAUACAUAUAUUAUUUGAUCCUGUGGAAAUGUGUACUAGUCUCACACCUUAACGAACACAUACAUAUAUUACUUGAUCCCAUGGUAAUGUGUACUAGUCUCACACCUUAACGAACACAUACAUAUAUUAUUUGAUCCCGUGGUAAUGUGUACUAGUCUCACACCUUAAAUGAACACAUACAUAUAUUAUUUGAUCCUGUGGUAAUGUGCACUAGUCUCACAUCUUAAUGAACACCUACAUAUAAUAUUUCUAAAGCUGUAGUAACGUAAGUCUUCUCACAUUAUGUAUAAUCCUUUUUUUAUAUUACAGUCUAAAAUUAUUAUAACAUGAUCCUUAUGCAUUCUAUAACAUCCAGGAAAUUCCCCAUCCUCUUACAGUUUGUCCAAGAAAAGAAAAAAGAGGCUAUUCUUGAAAGACCCUAGUAUUUUAUGCUAAUAUGUUAUGUCUUUUUAUGUAUUGAGAUGUUUGUAAUAUUCUAGGUUAGUUCAAUUAGUUUUUUGCCACUGUAUGAACUGUAUUAUUUUCAAGUAGUCCUAAAAACAUUCAACUUUUGUUUCAUUUUUAACAGUCCACUUCCAGAAGGUAUUGAUUGUUAAAGUUGCAAAUCCCAAUGAAGGCCUUACCCAGUUUCUUUUAAGAUGGUUAGUUCAUUUCAGUUAUAUUAUUGGGGAUGUUAUUUAUCACUGAUACAUCUCUCUCUUGAAGCAUGCUCAUCUGAGGGACUUCCAGUGGAUGUUAAAGAACCAUAAAAGAAUAGUAUUGUUAGACAUCCAUGUUAUUUUAUUCAGGGCGAGUAAAACCAGUGGGGUUUCUUUGUCACUUUAAUCUCCUGUCUGUUGGCGUAUGUUACUCUUCUGCUACUGUAUUUGUGAUCAUAUUAUGCUGAUUAAUUUGGACAAUUCCACAGUGGUAUCUUAAUUCAUCUACCUUGGAGGUACUUGUCCAGAGAUUUCUGGUUUUAGAUGUAGAUCUCCCCCUUUUUUUUUUGGCCUCUUAUCCAUUCCUUUACUCUUCAGCCUCUAAUAUGCCUAAGUUGAAGGUUUUAUCCCAGUCAUAUUCUUUCUGCACAGCAGUUGAUCCAUCCAUGUAGUGUUCUGCUGAUUUUAAGGUAUUCUGAGUAUUAACUGUGCUUGAGACUUUACUAAUUGUAUGUUGUUAAUUACUUUCUUUGGUUCCUCAUCCUUAACUGCCUUCAUAGAAGUGAUACAUCAUUGGACACAUAGAAUAUGGUGGGGAAAGUUCUUGGACAGCAGAACGUCGGAGUAUUGGCUAGCUGUUCAUCCAAACUAUUAAUUUAAAAAAAGAGUUUUGGCACAGAGUCGCUUAUCAAAAACUAGUCAUUUUAUAAGAAAAAUGUGUUUAUGCUAUAUGAAUAUUCAUUCUCUUUCAAACUGUGUACAUAUAUAGAAAUCAUUGUGCAACAACACACUAUGGUUUAAGAGAAAGGUGAAGUUUGAUAUGUAGAAAUAAUACCUAUUAAUAAGAGAUUAAGUGCUUGUGUCCAAAGUUAAACAUUAAGAAAUUUACUAAAAAUGUAUUUUCAAAGCUGUGACUAAAUUUGUGAUAAUAAAUUGACAUAAAAUAUCAUUGCUUGAAUCCACCUAUUUUAUAUUAUUUUCCAAUUUUAUCCCAAGAAACGACGUCAACUAAUCGUAAAACAAUUGCUUGUUUAUGAAUUAGUUUAAAUUCCAUUAAAAAAAUUACAACAUAAGUUAAACAAUGCAUGGCGGCAUUUUAUUGUAAAUUACUAUCCAGAAGCGUUCCAAAGAUUCAACAUUACUAAAUAGUUAUUGUCUAAUCAUUCAGUUUAAGGCUGGUUUUCCAUUUUGUUUCCAUGAUGACAAUUAUUAGCUACUUUGAAUCAUAUAAAUAUUUUAAUGAAAAGAGCCUAUAACAACAUCUUUAGCAAAAAAAAUAAAAACUUGUGUUUGUUGUGUUAUGUAUGCUACAUCACAUCUGUUUACAUGCUUUAUCUUUAUGUGACUGUUAAUGAUCAUGAUAGUUAUCCAAGAACCAAAUCAUACAAUUUGAUAAAAGGCCUUUGCAGUAGUAGUAAUUUACAAAAUAAAAAAGAACCAAGGAUUAAGUUGGCACGUUUUAAUGAAUUGGUAAGAAAAAUAUACAUUAAUAAAAUAAUCAUUGAUUUGUAUGUAUUCAUCAUAACCCAAUGAAAAACAUAUCUUACAGGCUCUGUCAUUAUACUUGAAACAUGUACUUCAAAAUACAUGUUAAAAAAUAAAAGAUGCCAGCCAUCAUAAAUUAAAAAUAUUUUGCACAAUAAAUAGUUUUUGUGACUAAAGACAAUUGUGUGUUUCAUUAGCAUGCUAGUAAUUAUUAUCAAUGCAUGUUGAUAAUCUAAAGAGUAGAACAAGUGUAUUGAACAAAAAUGAAAUCAUGAUGGUGAUAGUGUAAAUUUGAAUUAAUAAUUACAUAAUCACAGUAUACGAGGUUUCUGACAUGGAUAAAACCAUUUCCACACAUUAAAACAUGCCUAGAAUUUUAGCCAAGAUGGCCUUAUUAUGAUAGUUUUGGGAUGAGUGUGCCAGACUGUUUAUUUGAAGAUUUUUUGUUCAUGUCCCAUUGUUACAAAAUCAUACAUCACACUUGUAGGGCCAUGGAUGCAUUAUAAGAAUGACACUCAAAUCCCACUCUUUGAUUAUAGUUGGUAGUGGGUGAUGUUGACUUGCUACCUUCCCUCUAGUAAGUCAGUUGAAAAGCAUUAUAAGUAUGACACUCAAAUCCCACUCUUUGAUUAUAGUUGAUAGUGGGUGAUGUUGACUUGCUACCUUCCCUCUAGUAAGUCAGUUGAAAAGCAUUAUAAGAAUGACACUGAAAUCCCACUCUUUGAUUAUAGUUGAUAGUGGGUGAUGUUGACUUGCUACCUUCCCUCUAGUAAGUCAGUUGAAAAUUAGGGACAGUUAGCCCUAGUGUAGGUUUGCACAAGUUAUGUAACAUAAGAUUAUUAGUUUCUAAUGGUAGUGUUUAAACUCUAUAUUACAGUAAAACAGUGUUAGAGAACAUUCUAUUUUAUACAUAGAUUAUGUUGCAGUAAUAUAUGAUACAGGAUUAAUAUUAACUUAAAUGUUAUAGUAUCCAUUAAGAAUUGUUACAUAGCUCUAACAUUCACAUAGUUAAGAACUGUUCUGCUUAUAUUCAGGCAUCAUGAUUGAUGUAAAUUAAUGUAUAAUUUGAACACAGGUGACAUAACUGUACUAAUACAUUUUUAGUUUCAGUCUAAAAACAGUUUGUUGGUGAUGAACAAAUACUUGAGAUUAACAUGUGUAUUUCAAAACAUUGUGUGUGCAUUUUUAAAAUUUUAGACUGGCUAUAAAGAGGCCAGUAAUGAUAAAUAUGAUUUAAACUCUCAUAAUUGUUCUGGUGCUUUAGUAAACUGAUUCUAAAGGAUUUAUAGAAACAGCGAGUAAUUAUGAGCUGUAAUAAAAGCUCUGGUAUUAUUUAAGUAUGAUUAAAAGUCAUCCUGUAAGGUAAAACCAAACUUUCUUAACAAAAUGUGCAUUAGUUUAUAAAACUAGCAAGAGUAGAUGUUAUAGAUAGCAGAGAACCAGUAAUUAUAUAUAUGUUACUUGUUUUUGCUUUAUAAAGAAAGUCAAAAUACUGAAGUUUCAGUUACUGAACUUUGUAGGAAAAAUCAAAGGUAGUCACCCUAUUUAUGCACAGGCCUAUUGCAUUGAUAUUUUGUGUAUUUACAAUAUUAAGAAUCUUCUUAGUAUUUAGAAACCUUUAUAAUAAUAAAAAAACAGCCCAAUUUGUGUACUGUUGUAUGGCCAAGGUAGUAAUUCAUGCUUGCUGUAUGUAGUAAAUGCAGUAGUAACACAAUACCAAUUUAUAUGUGUUUUUAAGCUUGUAUAGCUAUGGGGGUGGAAUACUGUUCAUGUGUUUUUGUCUAUAAUAUGGAUAUUUAAAUUAUUACUGACACUACUAAAAAUCUAUUUCUUUAAUGAAUUAAAUUGUCAUGCUUGUAUGAAUUGGGCUUAAAUCCAUUUAUCAAGAGAAAAUUAAUUUUAAAUAGCUUAAACAGUUAGUACGUUUUAUAGAUCAAGCAACAGACACAUUCUAUUUCUUUCUGCAGUUCUUGAGUUUUAAGAGAGAAUUUGUGUAGUUUGGAUCAACCGUGUUUUACCCUUUAACUUAGAUAAAUUAUAUUUUUGCAUGAUCAAUACCUUAUACAGUGUAGAUAACUUGAAAGAAGUUUACAAGCUUAGGAACAAAGAUCAGAGUUGUUCAAAUGUAGGAACACAUAAUUAAAUUACUGAAUUACAAUUUGAAGUUGUAUAUUUGUCACCUCAAGAAUAAUUUAUCUAACAAGUGGAGAAAACAUGUGAAAGGAUUUUCAAACAUAUAUCAAUAGGUAACAGCUUUGUCAUUCUGUGGUAGAGCUCCUUCACUGAUGUGAUAUCGUGUGAACCUGGGCUGCAACAUUGUAUUUAUGCCCUCUGACAAUAAGCCUGAAAAGAAAAACUAACGGAGAUGAUGUGUUUGUAAGUUAUUAGUUCCAAAUCUAAUCAACGAGUUGCGAAUAAGAGAAUUUUUAGCACAUACUAAAACUACACAUUAUUAUCCUCCAAAUAGAACAUUUAUAACAAUGUUAGUGUGCACUAACUGAUCAGGAAUAUUAUCUACUUAUUUGUGUGUGUAAGGAAUAAAAAAACUUAUGAUUGAUACUAUAGUUUGUUGUAAUUUGUUUUUGUAAAACAGUAACUAUCCUGAUUUACAAAAUAAAUGUUAUUCCCAAUACUUAUGAUAAAUCUAUUCUUUCAUAUGAUUUUUUUUGGCUGAAUUAAUUUGUUCAUAAAGUACACAAGUUGUAGGUUUUUAGUCUGCUGUAAGAUUUCCAAGGUGGAAUUUCAAGUCAAUUUUGUUUCUUUUUAAUUGAUUGGAUGUUACUUUGAAUGCAGGACUUGUUGUAUGUGAAAAAGCAUGUGUCACACACAAGGUAUUGAAGUUUUACUAACCAUGGUAUUGUUCACUUCUGCACAGUAUUCACAAGCUCAUUUAUGUAUUCCACAGUAAACAAGAUUAUUGAUAAAAUAUUUUUUGUAAUAUAUACUUGGCUAAAUCAAUACAUAUAGUUUAUUUUAUGAAAGGUAUUUCACGGUCAAAGGACAGUAACAUUAGCAUAUAUGUCACCACCUGUUUCUUUUUAAAUUCUAUGUUAUAUGAAGAUGUUAGUUUCACAUCCUGUAUCACUUGUAAAAAUGGAAAGAAUAAAAAUGUGUAUGUUAAUGAAGUUA